GCAUUGGAUUUUGGAAACAAAGGCAGAGCAGAGUUGUUGCGAUUAAGAAGAUGAAGAGAGUGGAGUUUAUGGGGCUGGGGCUGUUAGUGGUGGUGAUGAUGGGAUGUUGUGGGUCUGCGACUGCUGCGGAUGACUUGGCAACCAAGUGUUCGGCGGUGAUUCAGAAGGUAAUACCGUGUCUGAACUUCGCGACGGGGAAGGAAGAAAUGCCCAAAAAGGAAUGUUGCGACGCCGCCACGGCCAUAAAGGAGAGCAACCCAGAGUGCUUGUGCUACAUCAUUCAAGAGACCCACAAGGGUAGCCCACAGGUCAAAAGCUUGGGCAUUCAAGAGGCCAAGCUGCUUCAGCUCCCUUCUGUUUGCAACGUCAAAAACGCCAGCAUCACCAACUGUCCUAAGCUUUUGGGUCUAUCUCCAAGUUCCCCCGAUGCUGCUAUCUUCACAUCAAAUUCUUCGAAGACAACACCUUCAGCACCUACAACAACAAACUCGCAAACCACGACCCCGCAGAGCCAAAACGCUUCUCAUGGAAGCAUGGUUCAACCUAGUAGUACCGUUACCUAUGUGAUGGUGAUGGCUUUGGCCAUUGUUCUGGUUGCAGUUCCAACCGAAACUGUGAGCAUUUAUACAUGAUGCGGCAUUAUGCACUGUUGAAGACAGUUGGGGUUGUCGUUUUGUUUCCUGCUUUUGUUAUGCCAUAGGACUUCGCAGCUUUGAAUUAAUGAAUUAGUUUGCAUUUGUGGCCUGUGAUGGUUUCUCGAAUUUUGAGACCUCGCUGUAAUGUUUGCCUUUAUUGUGGACUUGUUUCUUUUCUGCUUCCCACAAUUAAUGUUAACGGAUAGUUGGUGAAAGUUGAGACUUGAUGCUAAGAAAUACUCUUAAAACUUGAUUUCA